AUGGUUGAGUGGAAAACACUGAAGGAAGUGAAAGCAGAGGGCAUUGCUUUCACCAAGGUAGUCUAUGUCCUGCUUGGAAUUUAUGUAUGGGAAAUCUGCACGACUGGUGGAUUUGAGUUAUCUGUAUUCUUGGGUAAGCGUAAGCUGGCUUGGCCUUUGGUGCUCUUCUUCUUCUUGUGCCGUUACAGCAUGCUCUUUGCUUUCAUUGGAUUGAUCAUCUUUGUUAAUAUCUCCACGAAGGCUUUGUAUACUUUCACUUCUGUCGCAGGCAAUUUAACAAUUCUAAGUGCCUCCACCUCGCUGAUGAUCAGAACCAUGGCGCUCUGGGAGUGGAAACGUCGCGCAGUUCUGUCGAUGCUUGCCCUAUCAUUCGGGAAGUGCGCGAUCCUAAUUUGCACCAUAAUGACCGUGAAAGCAUCAUGGGAUGACCAGGCUGGAACUUGUAUGGUUAUCAGAACAAAUCACAUCCUCCUGAAUCUGAAUCACGCCUACACCAUGUCAUUUGACUUCGUGAUUUUGGUGAUGACACUAUUCGUUCUGAGAAAGCGUUUCAGGCAUGAGGAUCUUUCGGGCCUUCUCUGUCGCGAUGGCUUGGUUUACUUCCUCGUUACAUCGACUUGCAACACCGUCCCAGCCGUCCUAGCUGCUCUCAACCUCAACGGUGAGCCAGCUAUUUUGUAA